UUGUGGUUCCGCUUCCGUCGCUGAGACACGUGAAGGUCGGAGAGUUGGUGCGGAGUCCGUCUGGGCACGCGUGAUCGCGCCGGGAUGGAUUCCUCCUCGUCUUCCUCCGCGGCGGGCUUGAGUGCUGUGGACCCGCAGUUGCAGCAUUUCAUCGAGGUGGAGACCCAGAAGCAGCGCUUCCAGCAACUGGUGCACCAGAUGACUGAACUUUGUUGGGAGAAAUGCAUGGACAAGCCUGGGCCAAAGUUGGACAGUCGGGCCGAGGCCUGUUUUGUGAACUGCGUUGAGCGCUUCAUUGAUACAAGCCAAUUCAUCUUGAACCGACUGGAACAGACCCAAAAAUCCAAGCCAGUCUUUUCAGAAAGCCUUUCUGACUGACCUCAGCAUUAUCUCUUUGAAAAAGGAAGGUAGUUCAAGACACGAAGAACAACUGAUGGGCUAUUGGCUAUAUGGCAGUGGGGCAUUGGUUCCCACCUUUUGUCACUCUUGGGACAUCCUGCCAUCUGAAAAUGAACAAGGACCAAUUAUUUUAUGUGCAGGAUUUGGAGGUCAUACUUGUAUUUGGUUCUGUGUUUUAAUCUGGUGGAAAUCAUUGACAGAUGAAUGAA